AUGCCCUCCUCAUCCUCUACACGCUCCUCCUCUUUUGGCAGUUCCCAGCGCCCCUCGACUCCUGACUCGACAAGAUCCGCUGUCUCGCGCUCAAGCUCAUAUGCCAUUGCGCCCAGAUCAGAGUACCUUCGAAAUGCGCUCCAGGCACGACGAGUCCAAAACGGCCCUCCUACAUCCCUCCCUAAACUCUCGCUAGAAACGCCAAAAGCCUCGCCCGAUAGCUUUGACAAGUUUGCCCUCUCUGAGGAACAGACAACGCCCGUCUCGCCCAUCCGAGCCAGACGGCCCAGCGAUGCCGGCCCCGCGCCCUCCAAGACCAACCGAGAGCUGACCAAGGAGAUUGAGAAGCUCAAGGAUGCACUCAUGACUUCCAACAUGCGUGUCGAGCUGCUCAAGAAAGACAACAGGGAGCUGCAGCACAGCCUGACGUCAGCCAAGGAAGAGAUAGAACGCCUCGCGCCUUUUGAAGACGAGAGCGACGAACUCCGCACUGAAAACGACAAGCUGCGGCUCAAAAUAGACAACAUGGACGAGGAAAUGGCACAUCUCAGGGAAACGGACCAAGAGCAGCGCAAGAUAAACGAGGAACUUACUGCCAUAGCAAGUGAAAGUGCUGCCCAUUUCUCGGCCCAGGAGUCUGCCAUUGACGAAGCGGCCGAGUGCAUCAUCAAGAUGGAGGAGGAGAAAGCCAUGCUGGCCAAAGAGAUCAGGGAGCUCAAGGCGCGAGUUGUGGCCAUUGAAACCUCCUCUACCGCCAGCACCCUGGUCGAUGGCCCUAUCAAAUGUCCGUCGCGCGUAUACAGCGUCGACGAGUCGCGGCCUUCUACUAGCCACUUUGAUUCGGAUUACUACAGCCAGCCUGAUUCACCCAAGGUCAAGCAAAGCAACGAAUCAUUCACGUCGUUUGCGCCGUCAGAACGCUCAAAGAAGUUUCUUGACUUGACCGAGCAGCGUAAAAAAUCGACCCGCGAAUUGGUUCAGCGCAUGUCAACCGUCUCCUUGAGAGCACUCUGUGAUACAUCGUCCCCAGCUCCCGAAGUACCUCCUGUUCCUACCAAGUACCAGCCGCAGCUUACUGCACCCAAAGAGGACGAUAGGUCUCAGACUCCACGCGAUUGGCGAGGUCUUCAGGCAGCUCCGCCGUCUUUGAUGCAGGCUCCAGAGGCCAGACCGGCGCGACCACACACAGUGGCACCACAUGCACAAGCGGAACCUAGUCCUGGUGGUCUGCGUGGCUUGUAUCGUCCUGAGAGACCUGGAAGAAGUCGCAAAACAGACUCAUCGUCGAACCUCAGCAACAGCCCUGCUGAUACCGGCAAGCUUGCCAGCCGUCCACACUCUACUGUGGAAACAACACGCCGUGCUCCUUUGGAUAGUAGCAGGUAUGCAAACAGAAACAGUUUCAGUGGCCGUAUAUCUCGUCACAUGUCGCGUCACCACCAUUUGGAGGCGGACUACCCAUCGGCACCCAUAUCAGCACCAUCAGACUGGGAGAUGGUAGCUUCAAACCCGUCGCCCCCCGUUUCCGUGGGAUCUGAAGGUGAUUCAACGUCAUUGGACCCACGAGCGGACAAGGAGAGAUGGUGGCGUAGCAUUGACCGUCUGACACACUCCCAGGUACGUUCCCUCCUCCCACCAGAAUUGGUUUCUGAACUGCAAUCUAACACGACAGCAGCCGCCCAAGACCAGCAACCGACGCAACUCGAUGCUGUCGACGAUCGGCUCGAAAAGGUGACAGUUGACCGAUGCCAAGUGUCUUCACCUGCAACCGAUUGUCGGCGUGCUGAUUCUUAUGGCCGGCGCCUUUUGACCACUUCUGCUCAGGGUGAAGAUGACCUUUGGAUCCAGUCUGUCGAGGCCGAGAAAGACCUGCCGAUGCAGUCUGUACAGGUCGAAAAAGAUCCUUCGAUCCGGAUGGGGAACCUUGUUUUGCCUCGGAAACGCCUUCCACGAAGGCCACUUACAUAA